UUCCCAACACACAUCACGUCACAGGCAAACGCAAAGCAAAAGAGAACGGAACCAAACGAACGAUCCCCAAAUCCAAUUCCAAUCCCACGCCGCCGCGGCUCCGUCUUCUCCCUCCGCCGCCGCCGCCGCCGAUGCCUCCUCCACCUCCACGCGACGGCGGCGCCCGCGACCACUUUCUUCCUCCCCCGGACACCACGGUUCGCCUCCUCUCCUCUCCGGUCGCCGCGGAGGAGCACGGCAACCUCUCCGGUCGCGCCGCCACCAUGGUUGGGCAGGGCGAGCAGCAUAGGACCGCCGGUGACGGGAGCUCCACCCCGUAGCCGCCGCGUCAAACCUCUCGUCGCACCCGAAACUAUAGCCCCUCUCUUCCACAUGGCAACCGCAGCACCGGAUCUCCUCCAAGACCUCGAGCUCGAGGUCGAGCUCGACUAUGGUGGUUGGUUGUGUGAAUUGAAGGGGGCCAUGGAGAAGCUGUUGCGGGGGAGAAGAGACCCAACUGCGGCGACCUCUCUCUGAUCUGAUCUUCCGCACCCAACCACAACAGCAGCGCGACGCAUCAGGUCGAUCCCGUCCACGACGACGUACAAGACACCUGCCGCAUCUCCGGCCCCCUUCCCCACGGGCCAAGUAUGCAUACCCAAGUCAAGCUUGUGGUCACGAUGAAGCUUAGUGCAGAGCCCAGCCCCAGCAGCAGCGGCUAUGCCGGCGAGCAGGGCAGCAGCGUUGCCUCUAGCGCCAACAUCGAGGAGCCUUACCCAACCCCCGCGCCAUGGACUCGUGCGCGGCAAGAAGCACGCCAACGAGACCAAGAAGGUGGCCAUGGCUGGGCUCGUUCACCAUUCGUUCAACUUCAGAGCUCAUCAGCGCACCUUCUUCGACGCUGACCCGUCCGUCGUCAUCGCCUUCGAUGACGACGAGGACACCGCAGGCGCCAUCGGCCUCGGCGGCGGCUUCCACCACUACCACAUCGUCGUCACCUACCAGGGCAUCAAGGGGUGAAUUGAUUUGAUCGUUAAUAUGUGGCUGGAUGUGAUGUUUUGCAGGUUGAAGGCGCUAAGGUGUUGGAGAUGUGCCUGUACUUGUUGAGUGUUUUAUCUGUAGAGGGCUAUAUUGUGAUUGGUGUAAUAUUGUAUGGUUAUAUUGUGAUUGGUGGAAUGUAAUAAACUUGAUUGAUACAUCGGUGAUUUGGUUGUUAUUUGUAUAUAUUUAGGUUGUUAUUUGUAUAUAUUUAAAAUGUGUUCUCUGAUUGGUAUAUCAUUGAGUUACAAGUUGUGAAA